AUGUCAGAAGAUAAUAAGGAUAAUACCGAUCCAGAAACGUUAAAAGUAGAAAAUCUUGCUAUAGAAGAUAAAAAUGCUGCAGCGGGAGAUGAACAGGCUGCAACCAAAACUGAUAAACAAAAAAUUGAUGUGCUUUUAAAAGCGACAGGAAAUGCACCAAUAAUGAAAAAAAAGAAAUGGUCGGUGGAUAAUGAAAAAAAAAUUGGUUCAGUUGUAGAAUUCAUAAAAAAAUAUUUAAGGCUUGAACCAUCAGAAAAUCUUUUUUUAUAUGUUAAUCAAUGUUUUGCACCAUCUCCAGAUCAAACGAUUAAAAAUUUAUAUGACUGUUUUGGCUCUGAUGGAAAACUAGUUCUUCAUUAUUGUAAAACUCAAGCAUGGGGAUAA